AUGUGGGACGAAAGGAUUUCCCAAGCAACUAAAGAUGGCAAGAUGGUAAGCACAUUCUUGCCCAAAAUCUUAUUUUUUGAGUGGCACAUUAUUGACAAAUGCAUAUUGUCUUAUUUUCUGGAGCCACAACUUUAAUAAUAUUUGGCAAUAAUAAUUUCUAAUCACAUGUUUCGCGAUUUAUGUUUUUUUUUACUUCUUCUUGCAUCAUGGUUUGAUGGAGCUAAUUUUAUGUAAAAAAUAUGGGUAAACAUUACCAAUAUUUUUUAACAGUAACUUAAAAUAAAAGCAAAAAAUAAGUUAAAUAUAUGAAGAUUUUGAAAUAAUAUAAAUUAUUAUUAUUAUUAUUAUUAUUAUUAUUAUUAUUAUUAUAUUGUAUACAUUAUUUUCAUCACCCAUCCUUUGAACGAUAGUGGCCAACAACAUGAUAAAAUUAAUUACUGCAGAAAUAAAGUGUUACAAUUUUAUUUUGUAAGAUGAAACAUAGACUAAUAGCCAUCGUAUAACAUAAUUUAUGAAGGUUCAUUACUUGCAUAGUUUCGCCUUUUUUUUGCUUGUCCAGCAUCUGAUCUUCGUUUAUUUAUCAUCCUUUUCAGGUUGUUGCGAAUUUCAGUGCAACUUGGUGCGGCCCAUGCAGACUGAUUGCGCCCCUUUACAGCGAACUUUCCGUGAAGUACCCCUCGCUCACUUUCAUCACGGUGGACGUUGACCAACUCACGGUAUGUUCUGCUUCUAAGACUCGGUCAACGAAUUCCUGAUUCAGCGGGGGUGUUCUUGUUGGGUUGACCCAGCGAGCUGAGUGAAAAGGACCCCAGAAGGGAGUCUUUGAUCUUCUGCUCCACAUCAGAUGACCCGUUGACCUGUCUGAAACCCGAGCCGCUGACUCUCAGAUGAUUCUGUGUUCUCUUUUGGCGGUGUUCAACAGGAGUUCAGCUCUUCCUUGGACAUCCGAGCGACUCCCACCUUCUUUUUCCUGAGGAACGGGCAGCAUGUGGAUAAACUCGUGGGUGCCAACAAACCAGAGCUCGAGAAGAGGGUGGUCGCCUUUGCAGAGUCAACCUCCCAUUGA